AGGAAGCUGUGCAAACAAGCGAUGACAUUUAAAGAAGCAGGAAGUGCCUUCGAGAACUUCUGCUGGACUCCCUUGGCCAGCGGGGCCCUCCUGCAGUGGGACUCGAAGAAGGAUUGACAUUCCCGUGGGAGGGAAUCAUGGCAGCUGCUGCUGAAGAGGGCCGGGUGGCGCAAGAUCGCGUCAGGACCCUGCAGAGUGACGUGGAGGGAGUGAAGACCAUCAUGUCGGAAAACGUCGAGCGCAUCCUGGCCCGCGGCGAGAAGCUGGACGACCUCAUGAACAAGACUGAGGAUCUACAAGCCAGUUCGGAACAUUUCAAGACCACCUCGCAGAAAGUAGCAAGGAAAUACUGGUGGAAGAACACGAAGAUGAUCAUCAUAUUGGUUAUUAUCAUCGCCAUUAUCCUAACUGUCAUCAUACUGCUGGCUACGGGCGUCAUUCCGACCUAAAGCCUACCAGACACUGUACACUUUGGCCUCAGCCGAAUCUCUCAAACUGUAUGGAGCUCUAGACGUUUUCGCUGCCCUGCUGCGUAAUGGAGAGGCACUUUUUGAUUCCGCUGUCGAUUUUGAGCUGUAAAUUUUCGGGGCACGGCUGCCCCAUGGCUGUACACAAACCUCAAGCUCGCCUUGUCCAAAAAAUCCUACCGCUGUAAAUGGUCCAGGCAAUAAAAUGCGGGACAGAC